GGGCUGUUCCGAGAUAAAAACAAAAAAAAGAGUAAAACUAAAUUCACCAAAAACCACUAGAGCGAAGAAGAAGAGAACCACCAAGACCUACGCAAACCCCUUUUCUCCUUCGUCUCUCUCUCUCUCUCUCUCACUUUCCGGGGUUUCUCUCUCUUCUCCAAAUCCCUUUCUCUCUCUUCUGCUCUGCGACGCCCUUCGAGGCUUCCCACCGCCGGAUGUGUAUGCAUCCGUCGCCGCUCUCUCCGUCCUGUCUCAGGAUUUGAAGUAGUCUCUGCAGUAGAGAAAGCUGCGGUGGAGAUAUGACUACUGUAAGAUCAAGCUUGCCGUCCAGGAUUCGGCAGCUUCUGUCCGCCGACGGUGCUCUCGGGCCGUCUAUCAAACUUGACUCCGAGCCGUCUCCUAAGAUCAAAGCCUUUAUCAAUAAGGUGAUACAGUGUCCAUUACAAGAUAUAGCUAUUCCUCUUUCCGGUUUCCGCUGGGAGUACAGUAAGGGUAAUUUCAACCAUUGGAGGCCGCUUUUUCUGCAUUUCGAUACAUAUUUCAAGACAUACUUGUCUGGUAGAAAUGACCUACUCUUGUCCGAUAAAAUCUUAGAAGAUGAUACUCCAUUCCCAAAACAUGCAGUACUACAAAUUUUGAGAGUGAUGCAAACAAUUUUAGAGAAUUGCCAUAACAAGAGUUCUUUUGAUGGCUUAGAGCAUUUCAAGCUGCUACUUGCAUCAACAGAUCCAGAAGUUCUUAUAGCAACACUUGAAACACUUUCUGCGCUUGUGAAAAUAUAUCCCUCUAAGAUGCAUGUCAGUGGAAAGAUGAUCGGCUGUGGUUCUGUAAACAGCUAUCUCCUGUCGCUUGCACAGGGCUGGGGAAGCAAGGAAGAAGGGUUGGGUCUAUUUUCAUGUGUCAUGGCAAACGAGACUGCCCAAGAUGACGGGCUGAAUUUGUUCCCAUCUGAUGUAGAAAAUGAUUCUGACAAAUCUCAGCAUCGAAUAGGUUCUACCCUUUAUUUUGAAUUGCAUGGGAAUGCCCAAAGUACAGAGGAGAGCAGUAGCAAUGUAAAUAGUACUUCCAGUUUGGGGGUUAUAAACAUGCCAGAUCUGCAUUUGCAGAAGGAGGAUGAUUUAAAGCUGAUGAAACAGUGCAUAGAGGACUACAGGGUACCUCCUGAGAUUCGGUUCUCACUCCUGACAAGAAUCAGAUAUGCUCGUGCCUUCCGUUCACCAAGAAUCUGCAGGUUGUACAGCAGGAUUUGCCUUCUUGCAUUUAUUGUGCUUGUUCAAUCUAGUGAUGCACAUGAAGAACUUGUAUCAUUCUUUGCUAAUGAGCCAGAAUAUACUAAUGAACUGAUUAGAAUUGUGCGGUCGGAAGAAUCAGUUUCUGGAACCAUCAGAACACAUGCAAUGCUUGCCUUGGGAGCUCAAUUAGCUGCUUAUUCUGCAUCUCAUGAGCGGGCACGAAUUUUGAGUGGAUCUAGUAUCAGUUUUGCAGGAGGGAAUCGUAUGAUACUUCUGAAUGUACUCCAGAGAGCAGUUUUAUCACUUAAAACCUCCAAUGAUCCAACUUCUCUUGCUUUUGUUGAAGCUCUGCUUCAGUUCUAUUUGCUCCAUGUGGUUUCAUCAUCCACUACAGGGAGUAAUAUUAGAGGGUCAGGCAUGGUUCCAACAUUCUUGCCUCUUUUGGAGGAUUCUGAUCCCUUGCACUUGCAUCUAGUCUGUUUUGCUGUGAAAACUCUGCAAAAGCUCAUGGAUUACAGUAGUUCAGCUGUGUCUCUCUUUAAAGAGUUAGGGGGAGUUGAACUGUUGGCUCAGAGACUACAGAUAGAGGUACAUAGGGUGAUAGGCUUGGUCGGCGAUAAUGAUAAUUCAAUGGUCAUUGGUGAAAGCUCCAGAUAUAAUGAAGACCAGUUGUACUCCCAGAAGAGGCUCAUUAAAGCUUCGUUGAAGGCACUUGGGUCUGCUUCAUAUGCUGCUGGCAAUUCUACCAGAUCUCAGCAUCCUCAUGACAGUUCUUUACCUGAAACUCUUUCUCUGAUCUUUGGGAACGUUGAUAAGUUUGGAGGUGACAUUUAUCACUCUGCUGUGACAGUUCUGAGUGAAACGAUACACAAAGACCCAACUUGUUAUUCUGCUUUGCACGAUAUGGGUCUUCCAGAUGCUUUCAUAUCUUCAGUUGUAGCUGGGGUUCUUCCAUCUGCAAAGGCACUUCAGUGUGUGCCUAAUGGUCUCGGUGCUAUAUGUCUUAACGCCAAAGGCUUGGAGGCUGUGAAGGAAAAGUUGGCCUUACGAUUUCUUGUUGACAUCUUCACCAGCAAGAAGUAUGUAGUAGCAAUGAAUGGAGCUAUUGUCCAUUUGACAAAUGCUGUGGAAGAGCUUUUGCGCCAUGUAUCUUCGCUAAGAAGUAUUGGUGUUGAUAUUAUGAUUGAAAUUGUUGAAAAAAUUGCUUCCUUCACUGACAACAACAAUGCAGGGCUAGCAGGAAAGGCUAGUGGGAGUGGGAGUACUGCUAUGGAAAUGGAUUCUGAAGACAAGGAACAGCCUUUGGUAGGUGCUGUAGAAUCGGCUGCAGAUGGUAUCAGUAAUGAUCAGUUCAUUCAAUUAUCCAUUUUCCAUUUGAUGGUACUGGUCCACAGAACAAUGGAGAAUGCUGAAAUAUGUCGGUUAUUUGUUGAAAAGUCUGGAAUUGAUGCUUUACUGAAGCUUUUGUUACAGCCAACUGUUGUACAAUCAUCUGAUGGAAUGUCUAUUGCUCUACAUAGCACCAUGGUUUUCAAAGAUUUCACUCAAAAUCACUCUGCUGCACUUGCCCGUGCAUUUUGCUCUUCCCUUAGGGGCCACCUAAAGAAAGCUUUGUCGGAAUUUGGUGCGGCUUCAGGGUCUUUCUUACUGGAACCUAAGAUGACUUCAGAUGGUGGGAUCUUUCCUUCACUGUUUCUCGUUGAGUUCCUGUUGUUUAUUGCUGCCUCAAAGGAAAACCGCUGGGUAACUGCAUUGCUUACAGAACUUGGAAAUGAUAGCAAGGAUGUUCUGGAAGAUAUUGGGCGUGUCCAUCGGGAAGUUCUAUGGCAGAUUGCUCUUCUAGAAGAUACCAAGUCUGAAAUGGAGGAUGAAAGUGCUGGUUCUACCACUGAGUCGCAACAGUCAGAAAUGAAUGCAAGUGAUUCUGAAGAGCAAAGGUUCAACUCUUUUAGGCAGUUUCUUGAUCCAUUGAUGAGAAGAAGGCAAUCUGGAUGGAGCAUUGAAUCGCAAUUUCUUGAUCUUAUUAACCUGUAUCGUGAUCUCGGUCGCGCCACUAGUUCUCAAAGAACACAUUCUGAUGGUCCGUCAAAUCUGCGGAUUGGAUCUAGUCAUCAUUCUGGUUCUUCAGAUGCUGGUAGAAGGGAGUAUGACCAGCAGAGCUCCUACUAUACUUCUUGCUGUGACAUGGUAAGAUCACUUUCUUUUGACAUAAGUCAUUUGUUUCAAGAGCUGGGAAAGGUCAUGUACCAACCUUCUCGUCGACGGGAUGAUAUUGUGAAUGUUUCCGCUGCUGCAAAAUCCGUGGCUUCUACAUUUGCAUCUAUUGCAUUGGAUCACAUGAGUUUUGGGGGGCAUGCAAGUUCUUCUGGAUCUGAGGUGUCUAUAUCAGCAAAAUGUCGUUACUUUGGUAAAGUUAUUGAUUUCAUUGAUGUCAGUCUACUGGAGAGACCAGAUUCAUGUAACUCUGUUUUCCUCAAUUGCUUGUAUGGACAUGGAGUUAUCCAGUCAGUUUUAACGACAUUUGAAGCUACCAGUCAAUUGCUCUUCACAGUAAAUAGGGCUCCUGCAUCUCCCAUGGAAACUGAUGAUGGAAACUCAAAGCAGGAUGAAAGGGAAGACACUGACCAUUCAUGGAUUUAUGGUCCGUUAGCUAGUUAUGGAAAACUUAUGGACCACCUGGUAACAUCGUCUUUCAUAUUAUCUCCUUUUACAAAACAGUUGCUUGCACAGCCCCUUGCAAAUGGAACAAUUCCUUUUCCACGCGAUGCUGAGACCUUUGUAAAGGUCCUACAAUCCAUGGUGCUGAAGGCAGUGCUUCCUGUCUGGACUCAUCCCCAAUUUGUCGACUGUAGUUAUGAUUUUAUUACUACAGUUAUUUCUAUAAUCAGGCACAUAUACUCUGGGGUUGAAGUAAAGAAUGUCAGUAGCAGUUCCAGUGCUCGUAUUGCUGGUUCCCCUCCUAAUGAGACAACUAUAUCAACGAUUGUAGAGAUGGGCUUCUCCAGGUCUAGGGCAGAAGAAGCUUUGAGACAGGUUGGAUCCAAUAGUGUGGAGUUGGCUAUGGAGUGGUUGUGCUCCCAUCAAGAGGAAGUUCAAGAAGACGAUGAACUUGCUCGUGCACUUGCCAUGUCUUUGGGUAAUUCAGAGUCUGACACUAAGGAAGCUGGUGCAAUGGAAAGUGCGCCGGAAGAAGAAAAGGUUCAACUUCCUCCUGUUGAGGAGUUGUUGUCUACAUGCACAAAGCUUCUGCAGAUGAAGGAACCUCUAGCUUUUCCAGUGCGAGACCUGCUUGUGAUGAUAUGCUCCCAAAAUGAUGGUCAAUGUAGGCCUAAUAUCAUAUCAUUCAUUGUUGAUCGCGUCAAAGAAUCUAGUUUGAAUUCUGACAGUGGAAACAGUAACUUGCUAUCUGCUCUUUUUCAUGUUCUUGCUUUAAUUCUUCAUGAAGAUGCAGUUGCAAGAGAAAUAGCCUCGAAGAAUGGAUUUGUGAAAAUAGCUUCAGAUCUACUUUCGCAAUGGGACUCUAGUUCAACUGGCAUAGCAAAACGAGAAGUGCCCAAGUGGGUAACUACAGCUUUUCUUGCAAUAGAUCGGCUGUUGCAGGUGGAUCAAAAAUUGAAUUCUGAAAUUGCCGAGCAGUUGAAGAGAGAUGCUGUUAGUAGCCAGCAAACAUCUAUUAGCAUUGAUGAGGACAAGCAAAAUAAGUUGCAGUCUGCAUUGGGAUUAUCUUCGAAGCACAUAGAAAUUAAGGAGCAGAAGAGGCUUAUUGAGAUUGCUUGUUCAUGUAUCAGGAAUCAGCUUCCUUCUGACACAAUGCAUGCAGUUCUGCAGCUGUGCUCUACCCUCACCAAAACACAUACAGUUGCUGUUAGUUUUCUUGAUGCUGGGGGUUUAAGUUUGCUACUCUCUUUGCCAACAAGUAGUCUAUUUUCUGGUUUUGACAAUAUUGCUGCAACCAUUAUCCGUCAUGUUCUUGAGGAUCCUCAAACCCUUCAGCAGGCAAUGGAAUUUGAAAUAAGGCACAAUCUUGUGGCUGCUGCCAACAGACAUUCAAAUGGAAGGGUUUCUCCCCGCAAUUUUCUAGCGAGUUUAAGUUCUGCCAUUUCCAGGGAUCCAGUGAUAUUCAUGCGUGCUGCUCAGUCUAUUUGUCAAGUGGAGAUGGUUGGUGAGAGGCCUUGCAUUGUUUUGUUGAAAGAUCGUGACAAAGAUAAAACCAAAGAGAAAGAAAAAGAGAAGGAUAAAUCUUUGGACAAGGAGAAAAUACAUAUUUCGGAUGGGAAAACUGCUCUGGGUAAUACAAAUCCAGUACCUUCUGGCAAUGCACAAGGCAAGGCUCAUGAUUCAAACUCAAAGAGUGGUAAAGUUCAUCGCAAAUAUCCCCAGAGUUUUGUGAGUGUGAUUGAGCUUCUUCUAGAUUCUGUGUAUACUUAUGUUCCUCCUUCAAAAGACAAUCUUGUUGUUGAUGUGCUCCAUGAUACCCCGUCAUCGACUGACAUGGACAUUGAUGUUGCUGCUGUCAAAGGAAAAGGAAAAGCUAUUGCCUCAUCUUCUGAAGAUGGUGGAGCUGGUGCCCAAGAAGCUUCUGCAUCACUUGCAAAGGUCGUUUUUAUUUUGAAGCUUCUGACAGAGAUUCUAGCAAUGUAUGCUUCAUCUGCCCAUGUUCUACUUCGGAAAGACGCUGAAAUUAGUAGUUGCAGGAACCCUAAUCCAAAGGGUUCUACUGCUGUAUGCACUGGUGGAAUAUUUCACCAUGUUCUUCACAAGUUUAUUCCAUAUUCGCGGAGUGCCAAGAAGGAAAAGAAAACAGAUGGUGAUUGGAAGCACAAGUUAGCAAGCAGGGCGAGCCAGUUUUUGGUUGCAUCAUGUGUUCGUUCUUCUGAGGCAAGGAAGAGGAUUUUUACAGAGAUCAGUUAUAUUUUCAAUGACUUUGUGGACUCAUGUAAUGGCUUUCGACCACCUGAAAAUGACAUACAAGCUUUUGCUGAUCUGCUUAAUGAUGUUCUGGCUGCUCGGACUCCUACUGGUUCAUACAUCUCCGCAGAAGCGUCUGCUACUUUUAUAGAUGUUGGUCUGGUUGGAUCAUUGACUCGAACCCUCCAAGUGCUGGACCUGGACCAUGCUGACUCACCUAAAGUUGUUACAGGUCUGAUCAAAGCUCUAGAACUGGUAACCAAAGAACAUGUCCAUUUGGCUGAUUCAACUGCUGGUAAGGGCGACAGUUCUACAAAACCUCCUGAUCAGUCUGGCAGGACAGAUAAUGUUGACGGUGGAUCCCAGUCCAUGGAGACACCAUCCCAAUCCCAUCACAAUUCUGCUCCAGCUGAGCGCACUGAGUCUUUUAAUGCUGUCCAAUCUUAUGGUGGUUCUGAGGCUGUCACAGAUGAUAUGGAACAUGACCAAGAUCUUGAAGGACGUUUUGCUGCUGCUAAUGAAGACGAGUAUAUGCAUGAAAUUUCAGAGGAUACUCGGGUUCUGGAGAACGGCAUUGAUACAAUGGGUAUACGGUUUGAAAUUCAGCCUCAUGAGCAAGAAAAUCUUGAGGAUGAUGAUGAGGAUGAUGAAGAUAUGUCUGAGGAUGAUGGAGAUGAAGUGGAUGAUGAUGAAGAUGAAGAUGAUGAGGAGCAUAAUGAUCUGGAAGAUGAAGUCCAUCACUUGCCACAUCCUGACACUGAUCAAGAUGAUCAUGAGAUUGAUGACGAAGAGUUUGAUGAAGAAGUAUUAGAAGAAGAUGAUGAGGAUGAGGAGGAUGAGGAGGAUGGAGUUAUACUGAGGCUGGAGGAAGGCAUAAAUGGGAUUAAUGUUUUUGACCAUAUUGAGGUUUUUGGAAGAGAGCAUGGUUUCCCUAAUGAAACACUUCAUGUGAUGCCAGUGGAAGUUUUUGGGUCUAGACGUCAAGGGCGCACUACUUCUAUUUACAGUCUUUUGGGCAGAACAGGUGAGAAUGCGGCUCCAUCAAGGCAUCCUCUUUUGGUUGGACCUUUGUCUCUGCAUUCGGCCCCUCCUAGGCAACCAGAAAAUUCUCGUGAUGGCAUCAUACCAGAUAGGAACUCUGAGAUCACCUCAUCAAGAUUGGACAGUAUUUUCCGAUCAUUGAGGAAUGGGCGCCAUGGACACCGUCUGAACUUGUGGAUGGAUGAUAACCAGCAAGGUGGUGGAUCAAAUGCCGGUGUAGUACCCCAAGGACUUGAGGAGUUGCUUGUUUCCCAAUUGAGGCGACCAACACCCGAAAAGACUUCUGAAGAGAAUACGACACCAGUAGAUUCUCAGAACAAAGAAGUAGUUGAGUUGCAAGAACCGGAUGCAGCUGUAAGGCCUGAAAUGCCUGUUGAAAAUGAUAUAAAUAAUGAUAGUGCUAAUGUGCCCCCUGCUGAUACAAUGGUCAACUCUGGCAAUGCUGAUUUGGUAACACCAACAGCAAGUGAAUCUUUACAAGCAAUGGACAUGUCUAGCACACAUCCACAGUCUGUUGAGAUGCAGUUUGAACACACUGACGCAGCUGUGCGGGAUGUAGAAGCUGUGAGCCAAGAAAGUGGUGGAAGUGGAGCAACUUUAGGGGAGAGCCUUCGUAGCCUUGAUGUUGAAAUUGGGAGUGCUGAUGGUCAUGAUGAUGGUGCAGAUAGGCAAGGAUCCUCAGAUAGAAUGCCACUUGGUGAUUCUCAGGCGACUCGAGCGAGGAGAACGAACAUAUCUUUUGGGAAUUCUGCAUCUGCAAAUGCAAGAGAUGUUUCACUUCAUAGUGUAACUGAGGUUUCAGAAAAUUCUAGCCGGGAAGCAGAUCAGGAUGGUCCAGCAGCAGAACAGCAACUUAAUAGUGAUGCUGGUUCUGGGGCAAUUGAUCCUGCUUUCUUGGAUGCUCUUCCUGAGGAGUUGCGAGCUGAAGUCCUCUCUGCACAACAGGGUCAAGUAGCUCCACAGUCAGCCUCUGAGCCACAAAAUGCUGGUGAUAUUGAUCCAGAAUUCCUUGCUGCCCUUCCCCCAGAUAUCAGGGCUGAAGUUUUAGCUCAACAGCAAGCCCAAAGGGUACAUCAGUCUCAGGAACUGGAAGGUCAACCAGUUGAAAUGGACACUGUUUCAAUAAUUGCAACCUUUCCUUCAGAAUUGAGAGAAGAGGUUCUGUUAACUUCAUCUGAUGCUAUACUUGCCAAUCUUACACCGGCUCUAGUUGCGGAGGCAAACAUGUUGCGCGAAAGAUUUGCCAAUCGUUAUAAUCGUACCCUAUUUGGUAUGUAUCCUAGAAACCGUAGGGGUGAGGCGUCAAGACCUGGCAUUGGAUCCAGCCUGGACAGAAUCGGUGGAGGCCUUGCCUCACGUAGGCCUAUAGGUGCUAAGGUAGUUGAAGCUGAAGGAGCUCCUUUAGUCGAUGCGGAAGCUCUGCAUGCAAUGAUUCGAGUGCUUCGAAUGUUUCAGCCUCUAUAUAAAGGUCAGCUGCAGAAGCUUCUGUUGAAUUUAUGUGCUCAUGUUGAAAGCAGAAAUUCUGUUGUGAGAAUUCUGAUGGGCAUACUAAUGCUUGAUACAAGAAAGCCUGGGAAUCACUCAACUGAUAUCGAAACAUCGUAUCGGCUUUAUGGUUGCCAGGGCAAUGUGAUGUAUUCACGCGCCUCAGGUAAAGAUGGAGUUCCACCAUUGUUAUCUCGCCGCAUUCUGGAAACUCUGACAUAUUUGGCUCGGCAUCAUCCUAACGUGGCAAAGAUUUUGCUUCAUUUAAGGUUGCCUCAUUCUGCUCUUCAAGAAAGAGAGAAUAGUGAUAGGGCUCGUGGAAAAGCUGUGAUGGUUGUGGAGGAGAAUGGUCAAAAUAAUCAGGAAGGAUAUCUGUCCAUAGCCUUGCUUUUGAGCCUCUUGAAUCAACCCCUUUAUUUGACGAGAAGUAUAGCUCAUCUUGAACAGCUACUUAACUUAUUGGAUGUCAUCAUUGAUAAUGCUGAAACCAAGUUACCGGAAAAAUCUGGGGUUUCUAUUACUGAACAACCCUCGGCUCCUCAAGCUUCUGAUGCUGAGAUGAAUACAGAGUCUGGUGGCAUGUCCGUUGAUGUUGGAACGCAAAGUAAGGUUGUUGAUUCCUCCAAACCCUCCACUUCUGGUGCAGAUGACGAAUGCCAUACUGAAAGUGUUCUGCUGAACCUGCCACAAGCAGAACUUCGCCUUCUAUGUUCAUUGCUUGCACGAGAAGGGCUUUCAGAUAAUGCUUAUACUCUUGUGGCUGAGGUAAUGAAGAAGUUGGUGGCAAUUGUUCCUACCCAUUCCAAUCUGUUUAUUACCGAGCUAGCAGAUGCUGUUAGAAAUUUGACUAGAUCUGCCAUGGAUGAGUUGCGCAAGUUUGGUGAAGCAGUGAAAGCGCUCCUAAGUACCAAGUCGUCUGAUGGAGCUGCUAUUUUAAGAGUUCUGCAGGCAUUAAGCUCCCUUGUUGCCUCACUGAUUGAGAAAGAGAAGGAUCCACAGAUUCUUGCAGAUAAGGAGCACACUACUCUUUCUCAGGUUUGGGAUAUCAAUGCAGCUUUGGAGCCUUUGUGGCUUGAGCUAAGCAGUUGCAUAAGUAAGAUAGAAAGCUAUUCAGAAACCACCCCUGAUUUGUUGACUUCAUAUAGAGCUUCCACAUCUAAACCAUCUGGUGUAAUUCCUCCCCUGCCUGCUGGGACUCAAAAUAUUUUGCCAUACAUAGAAUCUUUCUUUGUGGUUUGUGAGAAAUUGCAUCCUGGGCAGCCAGGCCCUGGUAACGACUUCAGCGUUGCUGCAGUUUCUGAUGUUGAUGAUGCCAGUACAUCUGCUAGCCUGCAGAAAACCUCGGGUCCCACUGUGAAAGUGGAUGAGAAACAUGUUGCUUUUAUGAAGUUCUCAGAGAAACAUAGGAAGUUGCUAAAUGCUUUCAUCCGUCAAAAUCCUGGUUUGCUAGAAAAGUCUUUCUCGCUGAUGCUGAAGGUUCCUCGCUUUAUUGAUUUUGACAACAAACGUGCUCACUUCAGGUCAAAGAUUAAGCAUCAACAUGAUCAUCAUCACAAUCCUCUAAGAAUUUCUGUAAGAAGAGCAUACAUUCUUGAAGAUUCAUAUAACCAGCUUCGCAUGCGGUCAGCUCUAGAUUUGAAGGGGAGAUUGACUGUUCACUUUCAAGGAGAGGAAGGAAUUGAUGCUGGUGGACUCACGAGGGAAUGGUAUCAGUUGCUGUCCAGGGUUAUCUUUGACAAGGGAGCACUACUAUUUACAACAGUGGGCAAUGAAUCAACUUUCCAACCCAACCCUAACUCUGUUUACCAGACAGAACAUCUUUCAUAUUUCAAGUUUGUUGGGCGAGUGGUUGGGAAAGCACUAUUCGAUGGUCAAUUAUUGGAUGUCCAUUUUACUCGAUCCUUCUACAAGCACAUUUUGGGGGCUAAGGUGACUUAUCAUGAUAUUGAGGCCAUUGAUCCUGAUUACUUUAAAAACCUCAAGUGGAUGCUCGAGAAUGAUAUAAGUGAUGUUCUAGACCUUACUUUCAGUAUUGAUGCAGAUGAGGAGAAACUAAUAUUAUAUGAAAGAACAGAAGUAACUGACUAUGAACUGAUUCCUGGAGGGCAAAACAUUAAAGUUACAGAAGAAAAUAAGCACCAAUAUGUUGACUUAGUUGCGGAGCAUCGAUUAACAACUGCCAUUCGUCCCCAGAUAAAUGCGUUUUUGGAUGGAUUCUCUGAAUUAAUUCCUAGGGAACUAAUAUCCAUUUUCAAUGACAAGGAACUGGAACUAUUGAUCAGUGGGCUUCCAGAUAUUGACUUGGAUGACAUGAGGGCAAAUACCGAAUAUUCUGGAUACAGCCCUGGAUCUCCUGUGAUACAGUGGUUUUGGGAGGUUGUCCAAGCUCUUAGUAAGGAGGAUAAAGCUCGACUAUUGCAGUUUGUGACUGGCACCUCAAAGGUACCUUUAGAAGGUUUUAGUGCACUCCAGGGGAUUUCAGGCUCACAGAAGUUCCAGAUACACAAAGCAUACGGAAGCCCUGAUCACUUGCCAUCUGCACACACUUGUUUCAAUCAGUUGGAUUUACCAGAGUAUCCUUCUAAGCAACAUCUUGAAGAGAGAUUGCUUCUUGCGAUUCACGAAGCCAACGAGGGAUUUGGUUUUGGUUAAGAGCUUCGAUUGGGGUCAUAAUGUGGUCGCCAUGUAGAUAAUAUAAAUCAUGGAAAGGGCAGUGGUAAAGGGGCGUAUGGGAUUUUGCGUUUUUAUUUAUACAUUAUAAAACUGUACAGUUGCUUUUUUCAAUGAAAAGUGCUGUUGGCAGUUAUUUUUUGCCAAUUUGCUUUCUUUA